AUGGGUCUUACGUUCUCUAAGUUGUUCGACAAGCUAUGGGGGAAGAAGGAGAUGAGAAUUCUAAUGGUCGGUCUGGACGCCGCUGGUAAAACGACCAUUCUUUACAAGCUCAAGCUUGGUGAAAUUGUCACAACUAUUCCCACUAUCGGCUUUAACGUCGAGACGGUCGAAUACAAGAACAUCCAAUUCACCGUGUGGGAUGUUGGUGGGCAAGACAAGAUUCGUCCCUUGUGGCGACAUUACUUCCAGAACACCCAAGGUAUCAUCUUCGUUGUCGACAGCAAUGACCGAGACCGUAUUGUAGAGGCUCGAGAAGAAUUGCAGCGAAUGUUGAACGAGGACGAACUCCGGGAUGCUAUCCUACUAGUCUUCGCCAACAAGCAGGAUCUUCCUAACGCCAUGAACGCUGCCGAGAUCACCGACAAGCUUGGUCUCCACAGCUUGAGACAGCGCGCCUGGUACAUCCAAUCGACUUGCGCUACUUCUGGAGAUGGUCUGUAUGAGGGUCUCGAGUGGCUUGCUACCACUCUCCGAAAGGCGGGACACCAGUAA